UGAAAUAAAAUGUCACAAAUGAUGGACAAGUCCACUGAGAACCCCGGCAAUGACCCGGUGUCCACCAAGAGCAACGGAUCCAUCAAGAGCGAUGAGAAGACGUCGACUGAUGGUGGCAUAAAUGUGGGCAUGAUGGAGAAGUUUAGAAGGAGCUUCCGGCUUUCAACACAACCUCUGUCACCUGGUCUGAGUGCUGGUUCUGCAUCCACCUCUACGAAGAGCAACCAGAAAAAAUCCAGACCACUAACACGAUCAAACACAGAACCCAGUAUGCCAAAGUUUGAUAAUACAGUUAAUAGACUGAAAGAAUCCAUUCGUUGGAGACAGAAAAAGCAAGUGCAUACACUCCCCUCUGAAGACUUGGAGGAAAAAGAACCUCGUAUGCCAAAGUUUGAUAAUGCAUUAAGGAGAAUGAGCGGAUCUUUUCAAUGGAGAUGGAAAAGGGAAGUGGAUACACUCCCCUCUGAAGACUUGAAGGAGGAAAAAGUGACUCCUACCUUUGAGGAAUACCUUGAAAUGCAAGCCUUUUGUGAGGCCACUCAGCAACUGAUAGACAGGGAGAAACAUCUGUUUUGGGAGACAGCUGAGGCUAACAAGGAAGCAGUAGAAAAGCUUGCUGCAGACCAUAAAGCCCUUGAAGAGCGUGUAUGGCAGAUUCUGCAGCAGAGUCUUUCUCUCAGCAGUGAGGAAGCAUCAGUGUCUGCUCUGAAGUCUGCAGUGAAAGCCAUCAACCUUGAGGAAGAGCAGGACCAGCUGUGGAAACAAAGAUGCCGGACGCCACCAGCCUGGAGGCCCAGUGAGUGGAAGAAGCGCCAUGACGAAGUGCUUCAAAAAUUAGUAAAUGGGCGUAUGGAUAACCAAUCAAGCCCCACUGGUGACCAGGUGAACCAGUCCUCGAUCCAGGCAGACAUCCAGUCCAUGGGCAGGCAGCUGAAGAAGGACCUGCAGUGGGUGGUGGAGAAGGUGAAGAACUGCUACCCACCAGAGAUGGACAUCUGUAACUUUUAUGCAAGACAGUACCAUCAAACUUUUAGCGCAAGACUCAAAAAGAUUGCAGACUUUGUUCUGGAUGACAAGGACUGCAGUUUCCUCCUGCGAUGGGUGAAGGAGUUUUAUCCAGGAAUCCUUGAAAAACCUGAGCUGGCCAGUAAUAUCAAUACUGAAGCGCUGGGAAACCUGCUUCCUAACGAGUUACUGAAACCUCUGGAGGAGCAGUACCUCAGCAAACAACAGAGCGACCUGAUGAUUUAUAUUGACCGAGUAUUGGAUGAAGCAAAGAAAGAGUGGGAUCAAGGAAAGGAGCCGACAAGAGAUGAUGGUUGCUACGCCAGUCCUGUGGCCUAUGAUGUCAUCCAGUUUAUCAACGGCAUCGUGACAUCAGCACAUAUAACUGUAAGAGACCCGCACAAGGCCCAGAAAAUAACAUCCAACCUGACAGACUUCAUGCAGAGGUAUCAAAAUUUUCAUGAAGACAUCAUUAAGCAAAACAAGCCGCACAGCAAAGCUUUCAUAAAGGCAAACCUCAGCUGUGUCGAACAGUUCAGGGACUUCCUUGUGGACCGCAAUCUGUUCCCAGAGGAUGUGCGGGAAAACUGUUUGCCGGUCCUGACUGAGAUGAAACAGUCUGCAUACACUUAUUUAUUAACUCCUGUGCACAAGAUCCUCAAACCACACUACAAGAAGGUGGGAACCAGUGACUGGCUGAAGAAGAACACGUUUGAGAAGCUGCUGAAUAGCACUGAAGAAGAGCUUCAACAACUUCAGGGUUCGAGUCAGUCCUCUUACCAGGAGCUGAUUGGUCAGCUUCACCAGGAAGUGACAGAAGAAUAUGUCCGGAGGCUCCUAAAAGGAGAGGUCAAACUGAAGGACAGCAAUCAGCAGCAGAAGGCUUACGAGACUGUGAAAGAAAAUGCAGAGAAACUGCACGAGCUGUUUGCCAAAAUGGGAUCCAAACAAGACUGGUUAAAGGAAAUCCUGACCAAGAUCGCAGAAGUGCUAAAACUCCAAGAUAUUCCUGCCAUACAGAUGCAAAUCGUUUCACUAGGAUCUGCUUAUCCCGACCUCAGUGAAAAACAUGUCUCGGCUCUGCUCAAACUCAAAGCAAACCUCUCCAAAGCCGACAAGAAAACUAUCAAAACCACAGUGCUGGACAUACUGACAGAGAGCCAUACUAAUGCUGAAACCCGGACGUUUUUCUCCAAAGUUGAAGUGAUGAGCCGUUCAUUUGCUUUUCAGAAUAUCACUGACUGAAAGUUGGGUUGCAGAGUGUAUUAUAUUGUGUGAUAGAUAAGAUGGAGUGAAUGCUAGUGUUUUUAGUCUGUCUGUAAAGAUGUACAAACUGACUGCCAUGGACAAUUCUCCAUGUAUUUUUUCUUGUUGUCUGUUAGUGUUUUUCAACCUUUUUGUUGACUUGAGCAACAGUGAGUGUUAGCCUAAGUGUUUCUUUCUAUUUAGUUAAUUAUUAUUUUGAAAGAUCAUGACUUAUGUGGAAACACUUCCUCCUUGGACCUCAGACACUGUUAUUCAAUUUUCUACAGUUAAACUUUCUUCUAAAUUUUUGUCUUAGAGGUGCAGGCUUCUCUCUUAAAACAUUGUCACCACGUGCUCUGCUUCACUUGGAGGUAAACAUAGUCUUGUACACAGAAAUGGGGGCGAGGAAAUGUGCAGAUUGGUUCCAAAUGCUUUUGAUUUACUAGCAUAGGCACAUUGGUGACAUCAAAAUAGGCUGGCAUGCACGUUUCACAAAUCUAACAGUAAUUUUUCGUGUGGACUUGUUUAUGUAUUAGUAAAUGAGGCCCAUUGUCUCCACCAUGUUUCAUAGAUAAUGUGGUAGUGAAAUGGAUCUCAAGCUGUUUCUCUCCUUCUCCUGACUUUCUCUUCCCAUGUUUCUUAAGUUACAAGUUAAUCUUGGUUUCAUCUUUUCAAAGAUAGUUUUUCGAAACCUGUGCUAGGUGUUCUAGAUGUUUUCUUGCAAAGUCUAAUCUGACCUUCUUGUUCUUCAGCGUAUCCUCAUGUUUGCACCUUGUUGUAAACCCUGUAUAUUUACAAGGUUGACUUCAUACUGUCAAGUGAAAGCAUCACUUGACAGGAACACACUUACCUCUCCAAGAGGGAACUUGUUCCUGACUUGUCCAGAUGUUGAGAAGUUUUUCAUAAGCAAAGAAAGAAUUCUGUUAUCAUCCACUUUAGUUUUCUUCUUUGGUCUUUCAGACCUUUCAGUGUUGCUGAGCUGGUUGGAGCAUUCAUUCUUCUUAUGAAUAAAUCAGAUUGUUGAUUUGGCCAUUUCUAGUCAAGUUUUUGCUGUCUCAGAUGGGUUUAUUUUGAUUUUUGAGUCUAAUCACACCCUCUUUCACUGGCAUCAACAUCUCUUUAGACCUCAUGACCACAUUCCAGUGAAAAAAUAUAAACUCCAGAUCUUUUAUCUGCUUAAACUGUCAUGGAAAAAUCAUGGAACAGACCUCACCUAAUCAUGAAAAUACUUAUCAGUCAGUAUGUAAUUUAUUUUUAAUCAAAUCAUUUUGUAAUUUUACAAAGAGUCAAACAGAGCAUAAGCAUGGUGUUAUACUUUAAUUUGCAUUUAAGCACGAAAGAAGACAUUUAAAGUCUUAUGCAACAUUUAGCGAUAUUUGCAAGUUCUUUCUUUGGUUAAAAAAUACAAAUUAAUUGACUAAACACAAACUGAGUUAGCUUACAUUUAAAACCAAGAAACUUUUCAACAUUCGUUCAUCAUAAUACAACAACAAGUACUGUUGUUUUUAUGUCAUGGUGAACUCAGACACACAUCCUUUAUACCACAGCAACAUUUAUGACCCUGGAUAAUAAUAAAUCUACUGGAAGUGCAGGGCCACCUUAGUGUUUCCUAUUUUCCUAUUACUGUAUUAGAUGCUGCUGAAAUCACAGAAACCAUGUGUUGUAACAAAAUGGAUAAAUAAUACCCUGAAGCGCUGGAACAUUGUUUCACAUUUAACCUUUGGGUAAAUAGUGAAGUUUUCAUUUUGAUAUUAUCCAAUAGUUUUGUAAGAAUAGAACAGAAUAGAAUAGAAUACUACAAUAUAAGGUACUGCUUUAAAAAAAAUACACAACCACUGAAAGAAGUCAGAAUUUCUACAAUUUAUGUUUGUUUCUUGGUUUGUGCAAGUUAGUACUGAAUAAUUCUUUGUUCUUGUAUAUGUACCAGAAGAUAAAUGGUAAUAUUGUGUUGACAGUAAAGUAACAAAACACACUGUUUAAAAAUAUUAUAUUUGUCCUGUGAUGUUUUACACGCUAUUGUUUGACAUCAGAAAAAGAAAAACGACAUAUUUCACAUAUUUCAAUGACAUGUCAAUCUCAAGGAAACCAGACAUAUAGCUGUCAAAGUCAUUUCUCAGGUAAAAAUAUUUUAAUGUGUAUUAUUAUUAUUAUUAUUAUUAUUAUUAUCAUUAUUAUUUAUUUUGUAUUUUGCAUAAGUGGCUUAAGCUGGGGUUUUUUUCAGUUUUUGUGAUUGUAGCUAAGAAGAUUUAAACAUUGCUUUACUGAAAUGCAUAUAUGGUAAUACCAAUAAAAGGCCACUAU